UCGAGUGCUUGUUACUAUCCAUAUUUUCAAUUUUUAUUUUAAAUGAAUUUCAAUUGUUGAAUUAUAGUACAUUUCUUUGUUGGAUAAAAGAAAUAAAAACAUUAAAAAUGGCUUUAAGGACAUACGGCGAUAAGCCGAUCAGUUUUCAAAUUGAGGAGGGCGGCGAAUUUUACUGUGUCGGAUCUGAGGUGGGAAACUACUUACGGUUAUUCCGUGGGUCACUAUACAAGAAGUACCCUGGCAUGGCCAGGAGGACCUUAACUAAUGAAGAACGAAAACGAUUAGUCGACAAUGGAUUAGGGCCGCAUGUUCUGUCUAGCUCUGUAUCAUUGCUGAAGGCUUCUGAAGUUGAGGAUAUUAUUGAAGGGAACGAUGAAAAAUACAAAGCAGUAUCUGUUAGUCAAGAAUUGGCUACUCCUCGUGAGAGCAAGAGUAAGAAGCCACACAAUCCAUCAUGGUUGCCAGUUAUGCCAAAUUCUUCCCAUUUGGAUGCAGUUCCACAAGCCACUCCAAUCAGCAGAACUAGAGUUCACAAUAAGAAGGUUAGAACAUUCCCACUCUGUUUUGACGAUACUGAUAUGACGGCAAUGCUUGAGAAUUCUUCUCAGAAACAAAUCUUGGUUCCAAUCAGAUUAGACAUGGAGAUUGAGGGUCAGAAAUUGAGGGACACAUUUACAUGGAAUAAGAAUGAAUCAAUUAUAACACCAGAGCAGUUUGCGGAAGUACUUUGUGAUGAUCUAGAAUUGAACACAAGUACAUUUAUCCCAGCAAUUGCGACAUCUAUUCGUCAGCAAAUUGAUGCCUUUCCGAGUGAACCUCCAGCUAUCUUGGAAGAGCAAUCAGAUCAAAGAGUCAUUAUUAAGUUGAAUAUCCAUGUGGGGAACACUUCUCUUGUUGAUCAGGUUGAAUGGGAUAUGUCUGAAAAGGAGAAUAAUCCAGAGCAAUUUGCAAUGAAACUGUGUGCAGAAUUGGGUCUAGGGGGAGAAUUUGUAACAGGUAUUGCAUAUAGUGUCCGCGGACAACUCAGCUGGCAUCAGCGCACUUAUGCAUUCAGUGAAGCACCAUUGCCUAUUGUUGAGACGCCAUACCGUCAACAAUCGGAAGCUGAGCAAUGGGCUCCAUAUCUGGAGACACUGACUAACGCUGAAAUGGAGAAGAAGAUCCGUGAUCAGGACAGGAACACAAGACGUAUGAGACGUCUUGCAAAUACAACACCCGAUGUGUCGUUGAGCCGCGCUGUCAAUCGGCUGAUCCGGGCAGACGAGGCGCUCUUCCAAAGUACACCUGAGAAGAGAAGGAAAAAAAUUUAAUCACUCAACGCAAACCAGUUACCAUCUACAAAAAAAAAACAACAUUUAUAACAUACAAUUAUAUUGUUAUUAAUAAUAAGAUUGCAAUAAAGUAUUGUAAUAUGAUAUUAAUUUCGGCACUGUUGAUAUUUAGGCUUUUCAAUAUAAAAUAAAUGAGCGAUAUAUGUUCGCAUUAUGUAUAAGACCAAUUGAAGUUGUUUCCUAGUAUAAACAAUAUUUGUUAUUUUUGUGUGGCAACACAAGACUGCAUGACUUAUAAUACAAAGAUGGCGAUUCUGUAUAACCGAUGAUGACAAUUAUGUCAGCUUAGAAAGAAACGCGAUAAGUGUAAAAUUUACAUUAAAAAAAUAUUUUGAAAACAUAUUCGGCUUAAAAUUUACAAACAAGUAUUAUAUUUUGUAGUUGAUUAUCUAAGUUGCAAGUAAUACUUUAAUAUUGUAUUAUCAAUGAAAAUACUUUUGAAACUAAAUGAUAUUAAUUAUUGGACUCGAUAUUUCACCAUAAACAAAUAAAAAAAAAGAUAGAUAAUAAAUAACACAUUCAAUAGUAAGUAGUAUCCUAAUCAGACUCUCAAAUUGCAAUCUCUUGUAUUACAAAAUGAGGUAAAUAUAUUUAAAAAAAAAAAAACAAGUUUUUAUUUAAUC